GGCGGGCGUGGAUUCCGGCAGUUCAGGCAGGCGAGCGGGCGCGCGCUGCUGGGCCGGCGCGAGGCAGCUCUGAGGGGGUCUCAUUGAAGGCUUUCGGCGGCGCGAGGCGGAUGGGCCGCCUCGAGGAGUGAAGGCUCCCCCUCCCUUCCCCGGCGGUGCGCGCGCGCGCUCAGGCCCGGCUUCGAGGGGCGCCAUGGAGGGCGGCGGAGGCAGUGGCAGUGGCCGCGGCGGAGGUCCGUCAGCGCGAGGAGCCGGCCGCGAGAAGAAGAAGGGCAAGAGCCCUGAGGAGCCCACAGUGGCGGCCGCUUCGGCGGGAGACCCCGGCGGAGGAGGAGGAGGAGGGGGGAAGUCCCGGAAGUUUAAUCUGAAAAGGGUGAUGGCAGAUGAGCUUGAGAGAUUCACAAGCAUGAGGAUAAAGAAGGAGAAGGAAAAAUCAAAUGCGGCGCAUAGGAAUUCCUCUGCUUCAUAUUCAGAUGUUUCAGGUCAGCUGCUUCAGGAAAUCUCAGAUGAAGAUGUGCUAGUCCUCUUUGAGCAGAUGCUGGUGGAUAUGAAUCUCAAUGAGGAAAAACAGCAGCCUCUGAGGGAGAAGGAUAUUGUCAUCAAGAGAGAGAUGGUCUCCCAGUACCUGCACACUUCAAAAGCGGGAAUGAGCCAAAAGGAGAGCUCCAAAUCUCCUAUGAUGAAUAUCCAGGAACUAAAAUCUGGUCUCAGAGAUGCACAACUUCUUAAUUGUUUGGAGUCUCUGCGUGUAUCACUCAACAAUAAUCCUGUCAGCUGGGUGCAAAAUUUUGGAGCAGAAGGCCUGAAUUGCUUGCUGGACAUAUUGAAAGGACUUCAUGAUGAGAAAGAUGACAUUUUGGGGCCAUAUGACACCCGGAUCAAACAUGAGAUCAUUAGGUGCUUAAAAGCUUUCAUGAACAAUAAGUUUGGAAUUAAAACAAUGCUUGAAACUGAAGAUGGGAUACUGCUUUUGGCAAGAUCAGUGGAUCCCAAAGUCCCUGCCAUGAUGAUUGAUGCUAUCAAACUACUCUCAGCCCUCUGUAUCUUGCCACAGCCUGUAGACAUGCAUGAACAAGUGCUGGGGGCAUUGACAGAGCGAGCAGAAAUGGACGAAGUGGAACGAUUUAAACCUAUCUUGGAUGGCCUGAAGAGUGGUACCUCAGUGGCAUUAAAGGUAGUCUGUCUACAGUUGAUCAAUGCCCUAAUAAUCCCAGCAGAUGAACUUGACUUCAGAGUUCACAUCCGCAGCGAGCUGAUGCGUUCUGGACUCCAGCAGAUCCUCAAGGAACUGCAUGCUCUGGACAAUGAGGAACUAUCGGUUCAGCUGCAAGUGUUUGAAGAAAGUGGAGAGGAAGAUUCUGCUGAUCUCAGAGGCCGAUUGGAGGACGUUCGUGUAGAAAUUGAUGACCCCAGUGAAGUCUUCCAGAUUCUCCUCAAUACUGUAAAGGAUUCUAAGGCAGAGCAGCAUUUCCUUUCCAUGCUGCAGCACCUCCUGCUAGUCCGUAAUGAUUAUGAGGCCAGGCCUCAGUAUUUUAAAUUGAUUGAUGAAUGCAUUUCACAGAUAGUCCUGCAUAAAAAUGGUGCCGACCCAGACUUCAGGCGCAAGCAUCUUGAUCUUCAUAUUGAGGGACUGAUAGAUAACCUGAUCGAUCAAACUAAGGUGGCAAAAAGUGAGGCUAAAGCUAUUGAACUGGAAAAAAAGUUGGAUUCUGAGUUGACAGCACGUCAUGAACUGCAAGUGGAAAUGAAGAAAAAGGAAAAUGAUUUGGAGCAAAAAUUACAAGAUUUACUUCAUGAGAAAGAAAGCCUGGAAUCAGAGAAAGAGCAAGUCUCCUCAGAGAAACAAAGACUGGAAAAUACUACCUCCUUGCUGAAUGAUCAAAUUGCUUCUCUGAUGCAAGAACUUGAGGACCUUAAGAAGAAAAUAGAGAACAUGACUUCUUCAUCUGUUUCACCUGGAGUGGCAGAGGUUUCUCCUACUCCUCCGCCACCACCUCCUCCGCCACCUCUCCCUGGAGGAGCAGCAGUGCCUCCUCCUCCGCCCCCUCCCCCACCUCUUCCUGGAGGAGCAGCAAUACCUCCUCCACCGCCUCUCCCUGGAGCAGCAGCAGUGCCUCCUCCACCGCCUCUCCCUGGAGCAGCAGGAAUUCCACCGCCACCUCCGCCACCACCUCCUCUGCCUGGGAUGGCAGGAGUACCACCCCCACCCCCACCUCUACCUGGCAUGCCAGGAAUGCCACCUCCACCUCCACCUCUCCCUGGUAUGGCAGGUGGACCACCUCCUCCACCACCUCUACCAGGGAUGGCAGGAAUGCCACCGCCACCUCCACCUCUUCCUGGAAUGGCUGGGGUGCCUCCACCACCACCGCCUCUUGGAGUGCCUCCUCCCCCCAUGCCACCUGCAUUUGGGGCCAUGACAACUGCAGCUCCAGCUCUGCCAUUUGGAUUGACUCCAAAGAAGCUUUACAAGCCAGAAGUUCAGCUACGGAGAACUAACUGGUCUAAGAUUACAGCUCAGGAGUUAUCAGAAGACUGCUUCUGGGCCAAAGCUAAGGAGGAUCGUUUUGAGAAUGAUGAACUCUUUGCCAAACUGACUCUUGCCUUCUCAAGUGCACAAGCCAAAUCCAGGGUAAAGAAACAACAGGAGAAUGAAGAAGAGAAGGGCCAAGCAAAGAAGAAGGUCAAGGAGCUGAGAGUGCUGGAUUCAAAGAAUGCACAGAAUCUUUCAAUAUUUUUGGGUUCCUUCCGCAUGCCUUAUGAAGAGAUCAAGAAUGCUAUCCUGGAAGUGAAUGAAGUUGUGUUGACUGAGUCCAUGGUGCAGAACCUGAUUAAGCUAAUGCCAGAACCAGACAAAUUGAAGAUGAUAGCAGAACUGAAGGGAGAUUAUGCUGAACUGCCUGAGCCAGAGCAAUUUGGAGUUGUGAUUAGUUCAGUUUCCCGUCUUAUGCCUCGCCUCCGUGCCAUCCUCUUCAAACUACAAUUCAGUGAACAGGUGGAAAACAUCAAGCCACAGAUAGUUUCUGUGACAGCAGCCUGCGAGGAAGUCCGUAAGAGUGAGAAUUUCUCCAAUUUACUCUCCAUCAUUCUUCUGGUGGGCAAUUAUAUGAAUUCUGGAUCCAUGAAUGCUGGUGCUUUUGGUUUCAACAUCAGUUUCCUCUGCAAGCUCCGAGACACCAAGUCAGCUGACCAGAAAUUGACAUUGUUGCACUUUUUGGUUGAAACAUGUGAACAUCAGUAUCCUGAUGUGCUGAAGUUUCCUGAUGAACUCAUCCAUGUGGAGAAGGCUUGUCAAGUUUCUGCUGAAAAUUUACGGAAAAACCUGGAUCAGAUGAAGAAACAGAUUUCAGAUGUUCAGCGCGAUGUUGACAGUUUCCCCAGCGCUACAGAGGAGAAAGAUAAAUUUGUAGAGAAAAUGACUAGCUUUGUUAAAGAGGCCCAAGAGCAGUAUGAGAAGCUACGGAUGAUGCACUCAAACAUGGAAAACCUUUAUAAGGAAUUAGGUCAAUACUUCCUGUUUAACACCGAUAAAGUAUCAAUUGAGGAAUUCUUCACGGAUCUCCACAACUUCAGAAACAUGUUUGUGCAAGCGUUAAAGGAAAACCAGAAGCGGAGGGAGACAGAAGAGAAGAUGCGGAGAGCUAAACUAGCCAAAGAGAAGGCAGAGAAAGAACGACAGGAGAAGCAACAGAAGAGAGAACAACUUAUUGACAUGAAUGCAGAAGGCGAUGAAACCGGAGUUAUGGACAGUUUAAUGGAGGCCUUGCAGUCAGGAGCAGCUUUCCGUCGAAAAAGGGGACCACGUCAAGCAAACAGAAAAGUUGGAUGCGCUGUCACUUCAUUAUUAGCUUCAGAGUUGACCAAGGAAGAUGCCCUCGGUGGAAGCAAGCCAAGCAAGGUGCGCAGAAAUGAAGAGGAUGGAGGACUUGCUGGAGAAGUUCCUGAUGAAACCACCCAGGCAGCAAGCAGCCGUCAGAGCUAGAGUUGAAUGCCAGGGUGGGACUAUAAAGCCUUUAGCGCCGGAGACGUUUUACAGAGGAAUAGAAACAACACUGAGUCACUUUGUAAACUUUUGAAAUUUUUGUUUUAUUUUCCAUGGGCACGAAGAGAUAAAUGAUGCAAUCAGUUCUGCCUUGUCCCCUCUAGGGUUGUUUUGCAACACCUCUUGAGCUUUUUGCUACCACAUACAUCUCAUCUUGAAUUUCCCAUCUGCCUUUCUCAGAAUCAGAACUACAAAGCUUUUUGCUGAACAUGCACCAUGCUUGGAGCAAAAGUGACUGGUGCUCCUGUGUUGGCUCCAUCCCCUGCAGGCGGGGGGAGCAGCGGGGAGGAAUAUAAUCUGAAACGGGGAAAGGAAGCCAAGAUGAAGAGCCUGAAGGCCAGUCCUUCCCACACACAUCUCCCUGCACUGAUGUUGCCAAAGCAGGAAUGCAACAAACUGCCUUAACCCAGACUUUUUUUUUAAUUUUUAGCUGUUCUUAUAUGUGGGCAGCCUGGGCUGUUGGAAUAUCUCACAGGCCUCUUUCUCCCCUAAAGCUCUCCCCUCCAGCGGUGCUGGUGGCCAGUGUUGCUCCCACCUGCAGUGAUCCAUAGGAAGGAACCCCAUCAGACAUCUUAGAUGGUGUCCCUCCCAUACCAUCCUGCGUCACCAACUGCCAUGCUGUGCAGCACCUGCUUUUCUUACUUGCUACCUAGUGCUGGGAAAGAAAAUGUCUCUUGGAUCACAGUGUCACCGUAGUGACAGGACUCUGUCUGAUUAUGAGGGGGAAUGUUCUCCUUCCUUUUUCUUUGUGUUGAGAUGAUUUUUGCUGCUCUGCUGUGCUGCUAUCUCUAUCUUUUUUACACAAACUCUUCCUGUCACUUUAGAAAUGAUAAUGGUGACCCGUUAAGAGAAAGUUGUGGUUGUUCUCUGCUAACUAGCUGGAGGGAAAGCGUGCUGCAUCUACCUCCGCAAGCUUUUGAGCCAAGAGGAUUCUGCGAUACACAGCCUCAGAGGCAAGGUGUCCUCACUCCUCAUACCUGAGCAAAAUUAUUCACUGCAACCCCAAAAGAAAUGCAUCUUGUGUUGUAAUCUUCUGCUGUGUCCUACUCCUGCUGGAAGAAUUUAUACAUUCCUUGAUUUGUGGCAAAAAUCCCUUGUGUAGCUGAAGCACAAAGUCUGCGAGCUGCCACCUGGGCCUCCAAGCCCUAUUUGCUUUUGCCAAUGCCAUGCCAUGCAGACAAACAUAUCUAACCUCCAUGUGGUGGUGGAAGAACAGUGACAUCUCCAAAAGUGGGAUAUCACUGUCGCAAAUGUAUCUAUUUUUCUAUCAGGUUUUGUUUUAAAACAUAGUGAUGGUAAAAUGAAAAUAUCGCAAAUACAUGCAUUUUCCUGGAA